UGAGCUCUGUCUAAUUAUACACUCCCAGAGAGAGAGAGAGAGAGAAGAGAGAGAGAGAGAGAGAGAGAGAGAGAGAGAGAGAGAGCAUAUCAGGCAGGGGAAAGAAAAAGUUAUCAAGUGUCACUGUGUGUCAGAGACUCACUGAGAGGCAUGACUGCUGCAGAUUGAAGUUGUAAGGGUGAGAUAGAAGGUGUGUGUCAGCUGGAGUGAAGGAGAGAGGGAGAGGGAGAGAGGGAGGGAGGAAGGGGGCUGGAGAGAUCAAGCUGGAGAGAAGGAGAGAAAGCACGCUCACAGGGACGUAGAGAGAGCAAAGAGGCGUUUAGAGAGUGAGAGGGAGGAGAGGCAGAGAUAGGAUGAAGGGAGGGAAGGCUGAGCGGUAGAGAGGAGGAAGACACUCGCUGUCUCUCAAAACUGGAUAUCUCCCUACGAGCCUGCUGCCGCCUGAUCCAAUGAGUAAACUCUCUGCUACUUGCUACGCAAAGGCACCCGGCAAGGUGAGUGGCGCUCCAGUGCAAGAGAACCAGCAGUGAUCCGACAGUGAUGCUGUGUAGCAGCCCUCCGCUCUGUCUGCCCCGUUCGUUCUCCCGCGAGGCCCAUGUGACCUAGCCUACACCCGCACACAGGGGGCCCCCACUGCCGCUGGAGCCCACCCAUGAAUCCCAGCCCCGACCGCGGCAAAGAGUGCCUCCCUCCCAAGAAGAGGGAGUCUCGGCAGGGAUCGACAGAACACCACAUCACUUUGGACGAGUUCAAACCCCCUGUGCCGCUCCGAAGUCGGCCCAGCACAGGCAGAGGGGAGGGGGGCAGGGAGGCCAGUGACAGGGAUCGAGCUCUGACGAACCCGAACCCCCAUCUUCUCCACACUCCAUCCCUUCCUGCUCCUGCACCAUGCCUCCCCCUAUCCCUCCCAUGGCACCUGGGCUACUCUCCCUCUGUCUCUCUUCCCCUUUUCCCAGGGCAGAUCGGCGAGAGGAGAAGCUCAGGGUCUCCCGCCUGGAGAGAUGAUCCUCUCUCCUCACCCCUUCCCCAGUCCUCCAGAUGGCUCAGAGGGGAGGGUUCCCUCUCCUUGCCAUCUCCAUCAUCUUCCUCCUCGGCUUCGUCCUUCAAGACUCCUUUCCCUGCCGAUUCAAGAGAGAUGUGGUCCUAUGUCAAUAGCGGCCGGCGCGACUACAACUCCUCUCUCUUCUCCCCAUCAUACUUGUUUAGCCACCAUUCUCUCUACCCCCAAGACCCAAGCUUAGUUGAUGCCAGACACAGGUACCUCAGCAAGAGGCCCAACGGCUUGGAUGGGCCAGGCAGCAGGACUGUCUCGACCUCCAGGGCUCUGCUCACAGGAGAGUACGGGAAUGAGAGCAGCAGAACCAGGCUGGACUUCAGUCCACACAGCUCCCAUACCAAUGGUGGACGGAGACAGCAGGAGGAUCCUACCUCCCACCACCAUUCUGGAGGGCCAUUUUUGUUAGACCCUCAAACUCAGGAGGACCCUGAGCCACAUUCCUCACUGCAGGACAGACAUCCGCAUGGUAUAGUUAAGACAGGCUCAAAUUUACUCUCCUCCAGUCCCCUCGGAGCAGACCCCAGGGCUGGUAGAGGGGGACAACUGGACCCCAUAGGGGCCACACCAGCUGAAGCCCAGAUCUACUACUCUUUGGGAUCAGUGUGCCACCCCAGCCCUCAGCCCUACCCACACUAUAGCCCCUCAGGAACACCUCUGUACAACCUGCACAGGGAGCCGGGCCCCAGGCAGCACAAUCUAAAGAACUCACCUCACUCACCCCUGGGUCCGCCUAACAGCCAUGAAAGGUUGCAAAGAGACUGGGAAAGAGACCAAGAAAGAGACAAAGUCUCGCAAAGGGACAGGGAGCGAGCUAAAGACAAAGAGAAGCACCUACAGCAUGACAAAGACCAAGAAAGGGACAGACAGCGCGAGAGACGACGGGACAGAGAAAAAGACAGAGGGAGGGAGUCGUCUCCCUCCCAUCUUCACACCCCACCCCCAGCACUUCACCCAUCUCCCCCAGCGCUCCUACCUCACUUCGCCAAGGGUUCUCUGAUCGAGUUGGCCAGCGGGCGGUUGAAGCGAGUGGAGGAGCUGCGGACCGAGGACUUCCUGAGGAGCGCCGACACCUCCUCUGAGUUCCACCUCAGCACCUGCACCGUGCUGCUGAUUGCCCCCAGCAACGCCCAGGGCUUCAGCCACCUGCAGGUCCACCUCACGGACCGCAACACUCAGGAGUUACUGAAGGUCUUGGCGGAGUAUCCAUUCUUUGUGCAGGACCGAGGCUGGUCUUCUUGCAGUCCCCAGAGAACCACGCAGCUGUACGGCCUGCCCUGCCGCCAACUCGUGGAGGGGGACGUCUGCCUGGCCCUCACCCCGACGCCCAGCCAAACCCACCGGACACACACGCGCACCGGCUCCAGGGCGCACCGCACGCAACUUCCCCCCAGGGCUACAGGGGAGUCCAGCAGCUCGCACAGGGAGGAGAUGCCACCUCCACCUCCUCCGCCCCCUCUUCCUCACCACCACCCACCUCCUCCCGCUGCAGCCCCGCCACGCACUCUGGCCGCAGAGCCCCUCGCUCGAGAGCAGCCACGUGCACGCAAGCGCCGCUGGUCUGCCCCUGACGCCCUUCCCUCAACCGGAACUGAUGAAAGCCUCCUGGAUUUACCUCAUAGCUCCAAGUUGAUGAAGUGGCAGUAGAAACUUGCACACGCAUACAUAUACAUGCACACUGACACACACACGAGUACACACACACACCCUCCUUGUCUCUGUUGCACCCACGAAGACAAACAAUGGAGAGACCUCAAGGCAGGGUUGCAGGGAAGGAAUAAAAAAUAAAAACAGUAGAGAAUUUACGGGUGUCCACACUGCAGGAGCAGCAGCUGAAGGA